UCAAAAUUAAAUUACACCAAUGGCAUCCCGAGCGGUGUGGGUCACGUGCCUGGCCUCCGGCUGCCGGACGGCGGUGGCCUGCGCCGUGGUCGCCUUCGCCACCUUGUACGGCCCGGCCGCCCUCCGCCGCCAAGUCACCUUCCCGGCAUUCUCCUACGUCACGGCCAUCCUCAUAGUGACCAACGCCACCGUCGGCGACGCCGUGCGCGGCUGCUGGCUGGCUCUGUACGCCACGCUGCAGACGGUGUGUCCGGCGAUGGUGGUGUUUUGGUUCAUCGGACCCACCAAGUUCUCGUACGAGACCAUCGCGCUGACGGUGGCGCUGGCCUCGCUCGUGGUGCUGCUUCCGAGCUCCACCCAUCUGCUCGCCAAACGGAUUGCUUUGGGUCAGAUUGUGAUCAUUUACGUCGUCGGUUUCAUCGGCGGCGCCAGCACCGAGCCGCUCAUGCACCCACUACACGUCGCCGCUACCACCGCCAUGGGCGCCGCCGCCAGUGUCUGCGCCACACUUCUUCCCUUCCCUCGCCUUGCCUUUCUCGAGGUGAAAGAGAAGAGGAAGGAAGUGGUGGAGAACGUGGGAGAGCGGUUAGGGCUGUUGUUGAAGGCACUGCUUAGUGACAAUGACGCAGUGGCUGCAGGGUCCAUAUCUAAGGCUUUACUAUUGUCUACUUCAGCAACCAAACUCCUGCGCCACAUAAGACAAUACCAACCAAGCAUGCAAUGGGAGUGGGUUCCGUUAAAAAAGUGGCGGGCAGGAUGCGUGAGAUUGCAAGAAUUAGAAACGCCGUUAAGAGGAAUGGAAUUAGCUUUAUCCAACAUUCCUUCCUAUCCAAUCGAAACACUGCAAAAUGAACCGCUUAAGCAUGCUCUAAACGCCUCGGAAAAUCACAUCCGUCAAUCUCUAAAGCAAGCCAACGCCCAUCCGCCGUCCGAUUCGCAUACUUUCCCCGAGUCAAACCCAGACGACGACGACGCAAUGAACACCGUCGAUUUGAUUCACACGAUGCCCACAAAUCCCCAGCAUGAUCUACCCCCUCUUUUCUUCAUAUUCUGCAUGAAUCUCCUCUGCCACAACAGCAACAACAAACCCCAACCACCCAACAAACCAGAGCCAAAGCAAUCAAAAAGCUCGAUUUGGACCAGCUGGGCACCACAAGUAACGCCAUUGCCAGCGCUCAAAUCUGCAAUUGCGCUGGGGAUUGCGGCGUUUCUGGGGCUAAUUUACAGCAAAGAAAAUGGAUUCUGGGCCAGCCUUGGGGUCGCCGUCAGCAUCGGCUCCGGCAGAGAGGCCACGUUCAAAGUUGCCAACCUCAAGCUCCAAGGGACAGUGGUGGGAUCUGUGUACGGAGUGUUGUGUUUUGUUGUUCUUGAAAAAUAUUUACUCGGAAGGCUUCUCUGCCUUCUCCCUUGGUUCGUCUUCAGAGCAUCGCGAGAGUCGGAAGACUCUCCGUCCUACUCCCGAGAGUUCUCCAACUCUGACUUCAAGGCUCAAUCAAAGUAUAAGCCUCUAACACCAGAAGCUGUGAUCACCAGGGAAGAGUUCGACCUGAUGAAACACAGGUUCGACGAACAGGUCGAGGCGCUCAAGGCCAAGUGCGAAAAGAAAGAGUGCUCGUUUGACGAUGGCGACCUGGGAGAAUCGCCAUUCACCUCGGACAUUUUAGAGGUUCCAAUCCCUCCAAAGUUCAAGACUCCCACCAUGAAGCUUUAUGAUCGGUCUAAGGACCCAAAAGACUAUGUGGAGGUCUUCGAGGGCCUCAUGGACUUUCAAGCGGCAACAGAUGCAAUCAAGUGCAGCGCCUUCCAGAUCGCGCUCACCGGCAGCGCGCGCUUGUGGUACCGAAGACUGCCGGCUAGGUCGAUCUCGACCUACUCUCAGCUAAGAAAAGAAUUUAUUAGCCAGUUCUUUUCUCGGCAUUACGACAGAAAGACAGCGACUCACCUCGCCACCAUCAGACAGAAGGAAGGUGAGACGCUGAGAGAAUAUGUCACAAGGUUCCAGGAGGAGUAG